UAAUGAUCUGUAGUGUGUGAUGGUCGAGGCUGCUGGAGCGGCGUCUCUUCUCUCUCAGUAGCGACACCUCACAGAGCACGCAGACCUGCAUGAGAGGGGUGUCAGUCGUGUCGCUGGACUUUUAGAACUUUUACACAACAUUGCUUGCUUUUUCUGAACAUUUUUUGUGUUUCUUCGGUUGUAACAAACAUUUGUAAAUAUUCUGAGGUGGGAAGGCGUCCCACUUUUUGUCCGUAUGCCCGCGGACAGCGAUGAUGGGACAGUUGUACUGGACGGACGGUCAAUGACAGGAUGGAUAUCAGAGGGAUUCUCUCUAUCGCUGCUGUCUUUGGUUUCUCUUUCGGAGUUUAUGGCGAGGCAGGACAGCGUGCUAUGUACCUGAAUACACUACAGAGCUCAGGGCCUCUGUCCUGCUCUGAGGGCUUCACAGAGCUGGGUUAUUACAACGGAUCUGUGUCUCAGACCGACGCUGGAUUUUCCUGUCUAAAAUGGACUGAAUUUCCAGACUACAUGCUUCAGUACCCGAAGCGUGGGCUGGGGGACCACAACCACUGCAGAAACCCUGAUCGUGAAUCCAACCCCUGGUGCUUCUUCAGACAGAAGUCUGGAGCCGUCGGGUGGGCUUACUGCGACUGCCACCAGGGUGAUGUGCGGUUGGUGGGGGGUUCAUCUAAUAAGAGUGGUCGCCUGGAGGUGUAUCUAAAUGGCCGAUGGGGAUCAGUGUGUGACUCUCACCUGACGGAUCGAGAUGCCAGUGUGAUCUGUCGACAGCUGAGACUCGGUGAGAUUGGCACUGCACUCCGCCAUUCAUAUUUCGGACCUGGUUCUGGUCUCUUCCACUUUGAGCGUCUCGGCUGCCAUGGAAAUGAAGAAUCUCUGCUCAAGUGCCGGAGCAGGAAAUAUGUGUCUGGUGACUGUAACCAUGGGAAUGAGGCUGGAGUCAUAUGUGCUGUACCCGAGGGAAAUGGUGCCCCCCUGAGGCUCGUCGGGGGUCUUGAGGAUUUCGAGGGCCGUGUGGAGGUGUUUUAUAAUGGACAGUGGGGGACCAUCUGUGAUGACGAGUGGGAUGAUAUUGAUGCUGAAGUGGUUUGCAGACAGUUGGGAUUGGGUGGCGUGCCAAAGGCGUGGACCUGGGCUCAUUUUGGGCAGGGCAGCGGUCCUAUCGCUCUGGAUGGCGUUCACUGCACAGGAAAUGAGCUCUCUCUAGAGGAAUGUCCUCAUGCACCCUGGGGCCGACACAACUGUGACCACAUGGAGGACGCUGGAGUCUCGUGCAACCCGUUUACAGAUGGAGUGUUGCGUCUGGUAGGAGCUGAUAGCCCAUGGGAAGGCCGUCUGGAGGUUUAUCAUGCUGGUGAAUGGGGCACAGUGUGUGACGACAACUGGACCGGACGUCACGCCCAGGUGGUGUGUCGACAGCUGGGUUAUCGAGGGCGAGCUGAGGUGUCUCCAGUUGGGAUGUAUGGCGAGGGUACAGGGCUGAUCCUGCUGGAUGAGGUGACCUGUGAAGGAGGAGAGAGCUCUCUGCUGGACUGUGCUCAUUCUCAGUGGGGUCAGCAUGACUGCUCGCACAGUGAGGACGUGGGCAUUCGCUGUGAAAGAGAAGGACAGAACAAUGAGAUCCCCGAAGUGGCUCCUGUCACAGGUCCCCUGGUGAGGCUGGUGGACGGAGAGAGCCGUAAAGAGGGCCGUGUGGAGGUGUUUAUUAAUGCUCAGUGGGGCAGUGUGUGUGAUGAUGGCUGGAAUGAUAUCAAUGCUCAAGUGGUCUGCAGACAGCUAGGAUUUGUUGGGGUCUCGAAGGCUCGCUCUAUGGCUUAUUUUGGCGAGGGCCAGGGACCGAUCCAUCUGGAUAAUGUGAAGUGUGUUGGUACAGAGGUUUCGUUGGGCGAGUGUUCUGCUGUCGGGUCGGACGCUCAUGAUUGCAGGCACAGUGAGGACGCAGGGGUCAUUUGUGACUAUGUUACCGAACCGGUAAAGUUCAGUAGUUUUGGCAAACAGGAGUGUGGAUUGAGACCUAACACACAGAGACGCAGGAGGAGGAUCAUUGGAGGAGACAAGUCUCUACGGGGGGACUGGCCAUGGCAAGUGUCUCUUUGGCUCAGGUCUCAAUCAAAAGGCUCACAUCCUCUCUGUGGGGCGACUCUUAUCAAUUCCUGUUGGGUCAUUACUGCUGCUCACUGCUUCAAAAGGUUUGGUUCAGAUGCCUCCCGAUAUGUCCUGCGGCUCGGCGACUACCACACUGAGGAGCGGGACGAUUUUGAGCGCAGUCUUUCUCCUGAGCGAAUCGUGAUCCAUAAAAAGUACCACAGUCAGGGCUGGGAGUAUGACAUUGCCUUGCUGAAGUUGAAGGGCACAGAUGGGAACUGUGUGGCCUUUAACCCGCACACUAAUGCUGUUUGCCUUCCACCUCAGAGCAGCAAGAAGGGCAAGAGACCCAUUGCCUGUGUGAUCACCGGCUGGGGAAUUACAGACUCUGAGUAUUCCAGAACUCUUCUGCAAGCCUGGGUUCCUCUGCUGCCCUCCUGGAAGUGUAAAAAGCGUUAUGGCAGUCGUUUCACCAGCCGCAUGUUGUGUGCUGGUAGCUUGUCCAACCAUCGGCGUGUGGACAGCUGUCAGGGUGACAGUGGGGGUCCGCUGGUGUGCCAAGGCGACGGUGGGCACUGGAUGCUCACAGGCGUCAUCUCCUGGGGUCACGGCUGUGGUGACCCUUCAUAUCCAGGUGUAUAUACACGGGUCGGACGCUUUCUGAAGUGGAUUGAGAAAGUCACACACAGCCCAGCUGAAGCGUGAUAUCACAGUGUUGAUGUUAAAAUCACUCACCGCAUUGUCAAUAUAUAUUUAUAUAUUAUCAGUCAAAAAUUGGGAAUUAGUACAAUUUUUUUUAUGUUUUAUGUUUUAGACUUCAUUUAUUUAAUUAAAAAUACAGUAAACUUGUGAAAUGUUAUUACAAUUUAAAACAAACUAUUUUCAUAUUGAAUGUAGUUUAAAAUAGUAUUUAUUCCUGUGAUUUAAAGCUGAAUUUUCAGAAUUGUUACUCUCAUCUUCAGCGUCAAAUGAUCCUUUAAAAGUCUUUCUAAUAUGAUGAUCUGCUGCUCAUGAAAUAUUUAUUAUUAUUAUUAUUAUUAUUAUUAUUAGUUGCUACUAUUGGUUGCUAGUUAUUAUUAGUUAUUACUAUUAUUAUCAGUGUUAAAAACAAACCAGACUCAUUCUGAAAAUGUACCGCUAUAUAUAUUUCUGGAGAGCUCCAAAUACGUCCCAGGAACUAUGUUUUGUUUGCAGUUUUUGUUUUGGCGAAUCCACCAGAGGCCGCUUUGCGGCUUUUUGAGAUCUUAAAUUUCUCUGGCGAGUUCCAUUCGUGCCUGCUGUUCUUGCUUAAAUCCACCAGAGGCCGCUGUUCACUGACUGACUGACUGACUGACUGACUUAACGAUCGACUGACCCACCCUCCUCCUUCCCUAAACCGAACCAACAGUGUUUUCAAAAGCACUGACUGACCUACACCACCCACUUCCCUAAACCCAACCGACAGUUUUAAAAGCAAUCCAGAAAAAGAAAAGCCUUCAUCUGAUUUUUACUACAUUUUCAGAUUUUACCACGUUCUCACGCUGUUAUUUACUUAUUUUAUUUUUGUAUUCUGUUUUUGUCCUACCCGCUUGCUGAAACUGCUUUCACUUGAACCCCGUCCUUGUGGUCAACUCUUCUCUGCGUCUCAAGUCCGCCAAUGUACAUGGUUAGCUGACUAGACAAACUGGUAACAGCAGGAAAACCGUCCAUACGGAGGUAAUCGGUUAGCUGGUAAGUGUGAAAAUACCGCCCCCUAGUGUUCGUUUUUAAGACGCCAUGCAGCCAUACGUUCUUCUGGUAUGUAUAUAGGGCUACGUUUUCAGAAUGAGCCUAUGUUGGUUGAAAACAGUGCUUGAAAAGUAUGGAAACUGUUGUACAGUGCAAUACCAUGGUAAAUGUAUUUACUUUUAUUCAUCAGGGACACAUUAAAUGGUUCAAAGUACAGAAUUAAACAAUGUUUUUUAAACGUUCUUCAAAUCAAAGUGCCAUGAUGAGUGAAAUGUAGCAGUUUCCAAACUAUGAAGCAGGUAAUUUAUAAUUAUGAGAGUCAUCAUUAUUAAUAAUAAUGAGUGUACCAAUAAUAAUUGAGCAUAACCGAUCAGAAAAUCUCAAAAGUGAAAUGUUGUAAUGUUGAAAUCAUUUCUUUGAAUGAAACAGCUACAUUUUAUAUUCAAUAAGAAGUCAGUGAAUUGAAAUUGUACUGUUUCACAAUUUUAAUUGUAUUUUAAUCAAAUAGAUGCAGGCUUGUUGAGUAAAAUGUAAAAAAAAAAAAUCAUACUGAUCCCAAAGUGUCGACCGCAGUGUAUAUCAUGUAAUGCCUCUGAACGAAAGCAUCACCAGCUGGCCAUUAGGUUUAAAGCUGCUUUGAUCCUGGUUUAUGUGUUGCACAUUUAAAUAGUUGCACCGUGCCAUUUCAAUUCCAUUUCUGUAUACUUGAAGCAUCGUGAUCGUGCACAAAAACAUGAAGCCGCAAAUGUGUGUUUUUGAGGAAAAGCUGCCUUAUGUGAGCAGAGUUUAAAGGUUGUUUGCUUGUAAGCCUUUGUAAAUAAGUCAGUUUGCACUAAUCUGCAUGCCAUAUAAGUGAGCAUAUGUGGGAGGUCUAUGGAUCAGGAUCUUAAAGUAAGUUCACAUUUUGCACUUCCACUAUGAAAUAGGCAUGCAUUAAUGUUAAAACAAUCAUCAACAUUCCACUUAUUUGUUGGUUAUUACUGUAGUACUCUUGAUGAAGGUUUGUAGGGUACGACAUUAUUGAGCUUACUUUUUUUUUGGGAAGCAGAAAAGCAGUGUCAGGUAAUGCAAAGAUUUUUUUUUUUUGCUAUAAUUUUUGCAAGCUAAUUAAAAUGUUCCUUUUAGAGAACAAUGUUUUGUGUAAACAUUUUCUUUUUUUAAUUUAUGUAAUGUUCCAUUGUGUUUUGUGAAUGAACACAAAGCCAAUGAUAGAAAUACCAUGUUUUUUUUUCAAUGCUGAUUCACGGCAACGCAUAACUUUUUGAUUUAGUGGUUUAUGAAUUUGUACCAUCUAAUUCAGUGUUUCCCAACCCUGUUCUUGGAGGCACACCAACAGUUCAUGUUUUGGAUGUCUCCCUCAUCUG